AGUAAAUGAUGGAACCCAUGAAACCGUGGGUUUAGGACUUGCAAUAGGCGUCGCUAAAAGUAGACCAAAAACACCCGGAAUGGCUCAUCCCCAUAUCUCGUUCAUCCCCUAUAAAAGCGGCCUGUUGCGGCGAAUGUUGCGAGUCAAACAUUGAAAACUGUUGCUCCUGCCACUCUGCAACAAGUCUUCCUCCAGUCGCGCAUCCAUCUGAAGAAUUGUUAAGCGCUGCAAAACAUCCGCUGGCAUGGUGAAGUUUGUCGUGGUUUUGGCGAUUUUUCUAUCGGCUGAAUGUGCUGCAGGACGAUACGAAAUAAAAAAAAGUAGGGGGUCCUGCUUGAACUACGGGCAUGCCUGCUGGGGCGCCCAUGGGAAACGAAGCGACCGAUCAGAGCCACUUUCCCGACUCGAUAAUGAGGCGACAUCAAACAAAGAGGACGCGAAAGUGGAGUGGUUUCUUUCGAAAAUGAUAAGUCCCUUGGACCUGCGGUAUUACCGACGUGCCAACCUGCUGGAUGCAUCCAGAAAUCAGCCCGAGAUUGACGAACUGUUUAGCGAUCCAGAUGGCGGCGACAACAUCAAAAGCGCCAACGAAUGGGCCCGAUUCAGAGAACUGAUGAGGAACAAUCAACUUUCAGCCGCUGCUGGAUCCAUCGAAGAUGGCGACAAACGAUCUACAAACGAAUAAAAUAACGUAAAAAUUUUAAUUAUAUUCGCUGAAAAUACACCAUACAAAAGCGUUAAGUUCUAAAUUAGGUGUGAUUUGACUUAAGUAAAAUUUAAAAAAAUUAUAAUUAGUUUAAUAUAAUCGGGAGCUUGUUGGGGCUAUUCCUCCGACUUUUUCCACCUCAAUCUCAGCUAGUGCGCUCUUUGUAUGGCUGGAAUGAAGAACGCAAACUGGCAAACAAGUGGAGGAAUAGUCACUAGUGGUUUUCGGCUGGAUAAAUCCUGGAUCGCCAUGUACUAUAGUGAUAAGUAGCAGAUUGGAAAAAUAAUAAAGUCUCAAACAAAA